CGGGAGGAACGACAUACAAGAACUGGCACGGGUCAUCCGACAGUCGCAGCGAGAGCCCUACCCCAAGAUUGAUGUCCCGUUGUUCGAUGGGAAUCAUGCCUCUUCUUGGGCAGACAAGCUUGAGCAACUGGGGUAUAGCAACGAAUGAACGGAUGAGAAGAUGCUUCGCAUGGUUAAAAGGUAUUGUCAGGUGGAGUACCGAGAUGAGAUCGAUGAGCUGGUGCAAAUCUCCCGUAAUUGGUCAGAUUUUAAGACGCGGUUGCUGGAGAAGUAUCAACUCAGCGAUCGGUUACUCGACCUGCGAGAUUUGAGGGCGGUGGAUCGUAAGAAGUUUGGUACUACCAAACAAUUCUUAUCGGAGUUUGAGCGCGUGGCUCGCCUAAUCCCGGAUCUGUCCGACAAUGAUCGCUGCCUCAUGUUUCUUGAUAACUUCAACGACGUCGAACAAUCAAAAUUGGUUGAAGGGAUGCAAGGGAGGUAUGACUGGACUAGGGUCCGACAAAAUGCGCUGGUGGGGAAGUUCGACGAUAUCCUCUACGGGCUGUUGAGGCAGCAAAAGGAGGAGCGGGAAAAGGGGAAGCUGGGAGAAGUAAAGGACGGUGAGAUUUACAAAACUUUGACCUGCAUGAGAGAAAUGAUGGAGGGCAUGAAGGAGGAAAGGCUGAAGUUUCAAGUCAUGUUGGCCAAAGAAAAAAAUAGUAAGAGGAAGGGGAAAGAGCCGGCAGAAGAAGAAAGCGACAGUGAGAGCGAGGAGGAAAAUGAGCCGCCUCGCAAGUCGGCAAAGGCGGAGAGGAAGGUCUUGAAUCAAAUUCGAGGCGGAGAGGGGACCUCCCGUAAACAGGGGAAGAAUGGCGGACAAAAUAAUCAAGGAGGGAAUGGCAAUGCUGGCGCUGUGGAAGAAGAGCCUAUCCCCAUUAGUGAGAACGAUGAGGAUAACGAGGAUGAGAAGUUACGGGCCGAAGAGGAAGAACGGGCUCGUCGUCGUGCACUGGAAAGGGAGCCGGAGAAAGGGAAGGCCGAAGCAAGCGAGGAGGAACCGCGAAAGAAGAAGAACAUUUACUCGAUCCCCGUGGAGCAGCGGGUCGAUAUCGAGCGGCUCGUUGAUAAGAUUCUGGAAAGUCAGCGCGACUUGGUCACACAAAAGGAAAUUUUGGCGGUAUCGCCAAAGAUUCGAGAGGAGUUUAAACAGCGGAUGACUCGCAAGAAAGUCAUGACCGUUAAGCUCGGCGAAGUCAUUCCGCCGGAAGCUAACUGGUCCCCGCCUGGGACAAAGAUGGACUGGCGAAGUGUGUCAACCGGCCAUAUGAAGGUCCAGAUUGGACAGCAGGAGUACUCGGCACUUGUGGAUGAUGGAGCCGAGAUGAAUAUCAUUCGUGAGCGCCAUGCCAUCGAAGCUGGGUUGAAGAUCAACCGAGAUGACUAUGGGUUUUUGGAGGGCGCUAGCGGAUCGACCCCAUUCUGCGGGACAGCCAGCGGCGUUCUCGUCACGGUCGGAAAGGUCAAAGUCCGCUCUUAUUUCUACAUGUUACCUUGGGUGGAACACGAGGUGCUUUUGGGAAGGGCGUUCCUAUAUCGGUCGAAAAGCAUCAUCAUUAACAAGCAUGAUGGAACCAUGUUUGUAAUUCUUUGCGAUCCUGUCUGCGGUUAUUACGAAGUGGUCAAGUGUGCGAACACUGAACCCUAUUGCUCGCGAAACCGGCUGAACCCGGAAUCCUAUAGCUUCCCAGAGUCAGAAAAGUUGAGACGGGAGAAGGAAUCAUUAGGGGAGGAGCUGAAUGCUCGUGAGUUCUCGCUGACCCUGCCCGAUAUUGGGCAGGCAAUCGAUUUUGUGUCGACACAUGCGGCGAUCAAUCCAAAUGUGGUGCAUGCAUUGACGGAGAUCAUCACGGACACCGGAAGCGCAGGAACUAUGCGCCUCGUUUACUCCCCGUCAGAGGGGAAUAAGGGAGAAGAUCAGGAAUUGCCCUCCACUCGACAGCCGUCAGAGGGGAUUAAGGGAGAAGAUCAGGAAUCGCCCUCCACUCGACAGGGUCCUUUUUUAGAGGACGCAGGCUUGACACCGGCGCCAAAGUUGAUUCUGACUUUUGCCUUAGGCUAACCGAGGAAGUUGUAAAGUAUUAAUAAAAGUAUUGAGAUUGA